AUGUCGGCUCGAUCCCUCGCAUCCAGCACGCUCCUCCGAGCCGUUUCGGCCAAAAAUGCUACAUCGUCCGGCUUGAGGGUUGCUUCAGCGGCUCCCGUCAGCCUGCGCACCUUCUCGUCGUCGAUUCCCAAGUCUUCGGCUCGGCCUACAGUCCAGGGAGAUGGAAAAGGUGACCGUGUCAACCCAAUUAGCCCGUUCUCUGAGCCGGCAGGCUCGAACCCAGUAGACAAGUACACCGAGUUCGCAGGUCCGCUGCACGACUUUGGCAGCUACAUUACUUCUUGUCUUCCCCGCUUCAUCCAACAGUUUAGCGUAGUCAAGGACGAAUUGACAUUGUACGUUGCGCCCGAUGCCGUGAUCCCCACGCUCACCUUCCUGCGCGACCACACCCAGACCCAGUUCCGAGCAUGCAUGGACAUCAGCGGCGCCGACUACCCCACGCGCUCGCAACGCUUCGAAGUCGUUUACCACCUACUCUCGGUCCAAUACAAUGCGCGCAUCCGCGUCAAGACGUACGCCGACGAGGUGCACCCCGUGCCGUCGGCCACCGCCGUCUUCCGCGCCGCCGACUGGUACGAGCGCGAAAUCUGGGACAUGUACGGCGUAUUCUUCCUCGGCCACCCGGACUUGCGCAGGAUCCUGACCGACUACGGCUUCGAGGGCCACCCCUUGCGCAAGGACUUCCCGCUCACCGGCUACACCGAGGUGCGCUACGACGAGGAGAAGAAGCGCGUCGUCAGCGAGCCGCUGCAGCUGACUCAGGCCUUCCGAAACUUCGAGGCAAACAGCCCUUGGGAACAGGUCGGCGAGGGCCAGAGCUACAAGCCCAACGCGUUCAAGCUCACCCCGCCCAAGCCAAAGGAGGAGCCCAAGGACAAGAAGUAG